AUGCAUGCAGGAAGCAAAAGGUUUAAAAACCCAUUGGAGCCAUGCUGCCAAGGCGCUUGUGCGCGUGUGGAUCCUAAAGGUGCCAAAAUGUAUACUUUGUGUGAUGAUCCCAAGUCUUCUUUCUUUUGGGAUAUAACUCAUCCUACCCAAGAAGGAUGGAGAUCGGUUUACUCGGUAUUAGGGAAUCCUUUAACCGAACCGUAA